AAUCAACUGUCAAACUCCCGGUGCCAAUUGGUGUGUUAUCUUUCGUGUAUUUGCCUUGUUUUGUGGUCUAGUCUGAAUGUAGACUUGUCUUCUAAAUUCCAGAGACGUGGCAAGUUGAUUCGACUUUUAGGAAUCAACACACUCAUCGCCGUGAAUUGAUGCAGGUCACCCGCCGAAAUGGAUAUUUCCGCCUGGCUCCAGUUCAUCCUUUUCGUGGGAUCUGCGUUGUUCGCGUCUUUAGCAAUCGCGCUAUUCAUCAUCCAGAAGGCCAUCACCAGCCCCUAUCCCAUUAUCAGACGACACAAAGAGGAAAGGUACUUCCUCGAUCCGGAGAUCGUUGAAAACAUUGAAUUCCCAUCAAUUGAUGACGAGCCCUCCCUGAACCUUAGCGUGAUUGUGCCAGCCUACAAUGAAGAGAGUCGAUUGCCAAAGAUGCUUGACGAGUGCCUGGCGUUCCUUGAGGCGAAGUCCCAAUCGUCACAGUUCCGAUAUGAAGUGAUAGUUGUGAGUGAUGGUAGCAGCGAUGGGACUGUAUCUACGGCUUUGAAGUACAGCCAGAAAUAUGGCGCCAAUAAAGUUCGAGCUCUGGAGUUACUGGAAAAUCGUGGCAAGGGUGGGGCUGUCCGUUUAGGCAUGUUGAGCGCCCGUGGAAAGUAUUUGCUUUUCGCAGAUGCCGAUGGUGCUACGUUGUUUGCUGAUUUCGAUAAACUGGACAGUGUCAUGAAAAAAUUGUGUUCAGAUUGGAAAGAAAAUGCCCUCGUCAUUGGGUCCCGAGCGCAUCUUGAACAAGAGGCUAUUGCCACACGCAGUGCAUUCAGGACAUUAUUAAUGCACGGAUUCCAUUUCCUCGUUUGGCUGUUUGCAGUGAAGAAAAUCCGUGACACACAGUGCGGAUUCAAGCUGUUCACCCGCGCGUCUGCUAAAUUACUUUUUACUAGUCUUCAUGUUGAAAGAUGGGCUUUCGACGUGGAACUCCUCUACAUUGCCCAACGUCUGAACAUUCCAAUCGAAGAAGUUGCUGUAAAUUGGACCGAAAUUGAAGGCUCUAAAAUAACACCGUUCUGGUCGUGGAUACAAAUGGGAAUGGAUUUGUUUUUGAUCUGGUUUCGACACACAACAGGCGCUUGGAGGAUACGAGAUAAAACAAAAGAAUCGUAAUCUACGUAUGUUGGUUGAGCCCAAAAUUGUCAGAAGUUUGAACUUCUUCCGUUUUAAGUCAAACCUCAUUUUGAUCGUUCAGCACAGCUAAUUUAUAUACUUAAGGGAAAUAUUAUUUUCUAUGUAUUAAAGAUAGAAAUAGUGAGAAAUAUACAAAAAUUUGCUGUACAA